AUUUAUGUUACCAUUUUUUCCUGUUCCAGGAUUACAAGACUUAGACAUUCCUUAAGGAGUACAAUAAGAUUUCUAUCCAAAAAGUCAAAUUCAAGAACCUUAAGAAGCUAAGAAAUUGUUUAUAAAGAACUUACCUUAAGAAUUAACUAAUGAUAAUGUUGAAAAACUUUUGAAAGUAAAAUGAAUAUGAUAGUUAGGAAUGUGGUCAAUUAGUAUCAUGGAAGCGAUCAAAAGGUACUCCUUUUGGGUAUGCUGAAUUUGAAAAUAUGGAAAGUGUGUUAAAAUGUUUGCGCCUUCUUAAUGGUAUGAUUCUGAACUAGAAGGAGUUACUUGUUAAGGGUGGAGAGAAAGCUUAGAUGAUGAUUGAUGGUUGGAUGUACAAGAAGGAGACUGAAUGGGAAGAGAGAAGAGCUAAAUUAGAAGAGAAGGAUAAAUAAAAGGAGGAGUACAGAGCAUUAUUUAAAUUUACAUCUUUUUAAGAAUACAUUACUAGAGAUGAUGAUAAAAUAAAAAAGAAAUUAGAAAAAAUAAUAUCAGAAUUAGAAGGCACUGUUACUAAAACUAAAAAUGAUAAAAAAAGAGAAGAAGAAAAGAAAGAACAUCCAAGAGAGAGAGAAAGAGAUGCAAAGAAGCAUAAUACUAGAGCAGAAUUGGAGAGAAAAUAUAAAGAGAAAAUGGCAGAAUGGAAAAAGAAGGAAGAUGAAAGAGAGAGAGAAAGAAAAAAAGAAAAAGAGAGAGAGAUAGAUCGAGAGAAAAAUUUCUAAAAAUAUCUUGAAAAAGAAUUAGCUUAUGAUAGUGAAUAAGAACGUAAAUAAAUUGGUAAGAUUAAGAUGAACGAAAGAAAGAAAUUCAGGUAAAGGGAAUUUGAAGAAGAUGAAAUCUUUAAAAAGAAAGAAUUAUUAAAGACACAAAAACCUCCUGAACCUGAACAACCUUAAAUGGUAGUUAUUAUUUAAGAGCCACCUGAGCCAGAACCUUAGUAAACCUAAUAAUAAUUGUUAUAGCAGCAAGUAAUAAUUCAAUAUUAUAUUUGAUUUAAAACUA